AUGUCGUCUUUCCGAGAAGCUGUCUAUGGACGAAUCGACCCCCCGAGCCCGUCUCACGACUCGGGCGUCCAAGUCAGUCCCACCACGCCGUCGCACUAUGGCUAUCCAACCCGCAAGCGCUACUACAUCUUCCCACCCAACAUCAACGGCCAUGGGCGUCUCGUGCCCGCUCGUCGGACAGUGCCACAUGCGGUCGGAUGCGUGCUUGUUGUCGCCGUCUUUGCAUGGGCCGUAUGCUCGGCUUUAUUUGCCUACACGCUGCUGGGCGGCCAUGACUGGAGGCCGGGCCCAGGACAUCAUGGUUAA